AUGAGUCGAGAUGCGCAAACCGACCAGUUAGUGGCAGCACCGCUUGCGACCGAGCCAGUGACCUCCGAAUUACCCUCGCGGCCAGCUAUCAACACAAACAUGGUCAUCAACAUAAGCCAAGCACCAAGCGCGCAGUACCGAAGCCGCCAUGUGGCUGUCGCCGUCGAUCCCGUCUCUUUGGUUAUAUCAGAAUGCAUAUCCGUCACUUCUGCUAUGCGCAAGCAUGCCCGGUGGGCAGGUUCGUCCGUGUCUUCGAUUCUGGGCGGAAAUCCGAACCCAGUCCAGCUGGGCCCCCCAAGUCCUUUGCUGAGGCCGGGUAGUCGAGGGUCCAGCACAAAUGUCGGUGGCGACGUUGCUCAAGAUAUUGGCGUCGCAAAUCGUUGGGGAUUGCGCGGCAAGAAGGGGAAGAGCAUGCAAGAUAAUCCUUUGAUGGCAGGGUUUGGGCGACUUCGACACGAGCUGUCUACUUGCAAAGAUAUCCACGAGUUUGACGCUCCAGCUUUACUUAAUCCAUUCCUCCAAGUCGUUCAAGCCUCAUCGACCUCAGCGCCCAUCACUACCCAGGCGCUAAAGGCAAUCAAGAAGUUCCUUUCCUACGGCUUCUUCAGCCCCGACUCGCCACGGUUUCCUCUCGCCAUGCAAUCUCUCUCGACAGCGAUAACACAUUGCAGAUUCGAAGCGAGUGAUUCGGCGCAAGAUGAGGUCGUUCUGCUAAUGAUCUUGCAGUUGAUGGAGGAUAUGCUGUCUGGCCCUGGGGGCGCACUGCUAAGUGACGAGAGUGUGUGCGAGAUGAUGGAGUGCGGCUUGACCAUGUGCUGUCAGUCGAGACUAUCCGAGCUUCUCAGACGAACCGCAGAAUCGGCAAUGGUCAAGAUGUGUCAGAUCAUCUUUGAGCACCUGAAGCAUUUGGAAGUCCAGGCUGGUGACGAUAUUGCGGCACUUGACGAGCAGACCAACGGUGACAUGGACGCUGUUAAGAUGGUACCUGCGACGAAUGGACACCAUGUCAUAGCAUCUUCUGAUGCGCCAGUGAGCGAUCCCAUGAGCGAACCGCGGCCCUCUUCGAGUUCGGACAAGGUUAGUAAAUCUACCGAGGAAAGUUUGGACACUGAGACGGAUGAGCUGGACAUCAAGCCAUACUCUCUCCCGUCAAUGAAGGAGUUGUUCCGAGUCCUUGUGGAUCUCUUAGAUCCGCAUGACAGGACGCAAGGCGACACCAUGAGAGUCAUGGCGCUGCGCAUCAUUCAUGUGGCCCUGGAAGUUGCAGGACCUUCGAUUGCCAGGCAUCCAGCAUUAGCAAAUAUCGCCGAAGACAAGUUAUGCCGCUUUUUGUUCCAGCUUGUCAGGUCAGACAACAUGGCUAUUCUGCAAGAAUCCCUGAUUGUGGCCGGUACGCUGGUAGAGACAUGUCGAGGGGUCCUGAAGCUACAGCAGGAGUUGUUCUUGUCCUAUCUAGUAGCAUGCUUACACCCACCUAUCGAAAUACCACGGGAACCUGGUAUUGACCCAUCCCUCUAUGAUGGCAUCCCGCAAGCCCCAAAGCUAGUCAAGCCUCCACCGUCCCAAUCAAGCAGUGGGAGAUCAACCCCCGUGCCCGUCAAGGAUCGCCAGAAACUAGGCAUGGAGGGCGGGGCUCGGAAGCCUGACGCUCGCCAGGCCAUGGUAGAAAGUGUGGGGGCAUUGGCCCGGAUGCCUGGUUUUAUGGUCGAACUAUUUGUAAACUACGACUGCGAUACGAACCGGAUGGACAUGUGUGAAGACAUGAUCGGUCUUCUGUCUAGGAACGCCUUGCCUGACUCUGCCACCUGGAGCACAACCAGCGUCCCGCCUCUCUGCUUGGAUGCUUUGCUGGGUCACAUCCAGUUCAUAGCUGACCGGCUAGACGACGAACCAGCCGUGGAAGGGUACCCCGACCAGGAACGACUGAGAGAGCAGAGGCGGCGGAAGAGGCAUAUCAUCAAGGGCACGAGCAAGUUCAACGAGAAACCGGAAAAGGGGCUGGUCUACCUGCAAUCCCAAGGCAUCAUAAAGGAUGUGAAAGAUCCUGUAUCUGUGGCAAGAUUUCUCAAGGGUUCCUCCAGCAGAGUGUCCAAAAAGGUGCUCGGCGAAUACCUCUCGAAGAGAGGUAAUGACGAGCUUCUCACCGAGUUCAUCAACCUCUUCGAAUUUUCUGGGAAGCGUGUGGACGAGGCGCUUCGAUUGCUCUUGGAAAGUUUCCGGCUUCCCGGAGAGUCGGCACUCAUCGAGCGGAUAGUGACGACCUUUGCGAAGAAGUACAUCUCUAGCGAUGUUCCACAAGAUGUUGCAAGCGAAGAUGCCGUCUUCGUCUUGACAUAUGCGAUCAUUAUGCUGAACACGGACCAGCACAACCCUACCCUCAUGGCUUCGAAGCGCAUGGCCAUGCCAGACUUUGCGCGAAACCUUCGCGGCGUCAAUGCCGGGGAAGAUUUUGCCCCAGAGUAUCUUCAAGCAAUCUUUGAGUCCAUCAAGACGAACGAGAUCAUCCUUCCAGACGAACACAACAAUAAGCAUGCGUUCGAUUACGCUUGGAAAGAAUUGCUCUUGAAGGUGGAGUCGACCGAUCCGUUGGUUCUCUGCAACACCAACAUCUAUGACGCAGAUAUGUUUGCGACGACGUGGAGACCAAUAGUUUCCACCCUGUCAUACGUUUUCAUGUCAGCGACGGACGACGCAGUCUUCGCUCGUGUGGUCUCUGGAUUUGAUCAAUGCGCGCAAAUAGCCUCUAAGUAUGGCAUUACCGAAGCGCUUGAUCGUAUCAUCUACUGCCUCAGCUACAUGACGACAUUGGCUACAGACAGCACGUCCAAUACCUCUCUGAAUACGGAGAUGAAGGUGUCUGACGACGGUACCAGUGUCAUGGUUAGUGAACUUGCCGUUAAGCUUGGCAGGGACUUCAAGGCUCAACUUGCAACUCUCGUUCUAUUUCGCGUCGUAACCGGAAGUGAGGGGGUCAUACGUGAUGGCUGGCAACAUAUCAUACGCAUAUGGCUAAACCUCUUCGUCAACUCGCUUAUCCCGCCAUUCUUUGCCAGUGAUGCUGGCAGCCUUGACCUUCCCACGAUACCCCUUCACACUCCUUCGCAGGUCAUUGACAGAGCAGCUAAGACUACCGACACUGGCUUGUUCUCCGCAUUGUCAUCUUACAUAUCUAGCUACGCUGCUGACGACCCGCCGGAGCCUUCCACCGAGGAAGUUGAAAGCACUCUGAGCACUGUAGACUGUGUGAACGCAUGUCAUAUGGGCGACGUUUUUGCCAAUUUAACCAACCUCCCCGCCAGCUCCCUGCAACACCUCGUGGAAGCUCUACUAGACCAACUUCCAGAAGAUGACAUCUCGACGGUGCCCGUUAUAACCGUGAAACCUGAGGACAUACCCUCUUCCCCAACUACCGUGUCCAAACAGAUAGCCAAGAAGCCCGCAUACGACCCUUCUGUAGUCUACAUCCUCGAAUUCUGCACAAUUUUGGCGCUGAGGGAUAGCGAAACGGUUGAUCUUCUCGGUAAAGUGGUUACUGAAGCACUCCAAGCUGUUCUGCGUGACUCCAGUCGAUACCAUCCCAUUCUCGUAUCCAGGGCUUCGUUUUACCAGUUCAACAUUCUCAAGGCUAGCUAUGAACAUGAUUUCGUACGGGCGCCAGUAUUAUUGCACACGAUAUCUAGUUUCCCCAAGGAUACACUGACGAGAACAUCGCAACUAGUUCUCCAGGGUCUCAAAGUAUGCAUUAAUCAACCCGGACCCCUUCGAAGCGAGAUUAUGACGUCGCCGGACUUCUGGGUUCUGUUGCGAACACUUGCUGGCAACGCAGAGUCGUCACCGGUUGUCUUUGAAAUCCUCGAGGGCGGCGUGUCGGGAACUCCGUCGGCUAUUAUAGCUGAUAACUAUGAAGCAGCGAUAUUACUGCUGAACGAGUUUGCCACGGCCGCUAAGGUCGGUGCAGCGGAGCAGAAGACUAAACCAGGCGCCAGGCGGCCACGCAGUGCCCGGCCACCUAAGAAGGAGACACCAAGUGAAAAUGCCAUCGUCUCAAGAGGCGUCAAAGCUGUAAACAUCAUUUACAGCAUGACUUCUCGGAUCCCCCAUCUCAUGAAACAGUCUCACUUAGAGAGCAACGAAGCGUGGUCUGCAUACUGGCUACCCAUCUUCCAAGCACUCACAACGCAAUGUACAAAUCCCUGUCGCGAAGUGCGCCACUUGGCUUUCUCUUCACUACAACGGUCAUUACUAUCUCCGGAGCUGACAUGCAGCGACCACGAAGAGUGGACUGCUAUCUUUGGCGAAGUCCUGUUUCCACUCAUCUUGAAGCUGCUCAAGCCUGAGGUGUUCUCCUCGGACCGGGAUGGAAUGAGUGAAACAAGGGUGCAAACUGCAUCGUUGUUGUGCAAGGUCUUCCUUCAGUACUUGCUCGACCUGUCUAAGUGGGAGGGCAUGCUCGAUCUUUGGUUGAAAAUCAUUGAUAUCAUGGACCGAUUGAUGAACAGCGGCCAAGGCGACAGUUUGGAGGAAGCAGUGCCAGAAAACUUGAAGAAUGUCCUGCUCUUCAUGUCGAGCACGGGACUUCUAGUAGCACCUAGCAGUGACCCAACACACGAGAAGUUAUGGGUGGAAACGUGGAAACGAAUCGAUAGAUUUCUACCUGAUCUCAGAAAUGAGCUGGCACUGGAUACGCCAGAGGCCAAUACAAAAGAGGGACCGCCGGUUGAACGACUUAGUACGCUAGAAGGGCCCCAGGAAGCGUCUGAGAAGGACCCUGAGAAGGUCGCACCGGCAUGA